AUUUGAUCGCAAACCUAUGGAGUUCCUUCCAAACUCUAUCGAUUGAAAUUCCCAAAAUUUUUACCUCUCAAAGAAAGCUUCACCAUUUCCUCUAAUGGAUUUCUUCAAAUCCGUUUUCUCGGACGAUCCAGAUCCUCCUUCAACCGAAAAUGAAUCCGAUUCUCCCCGAAGUGAAGGUCAUCAAGAAAGCCCAGAUCCGGAGCCUAAACAAGCCAAUCCGGACACCAGCGACAGUGGUACUGGAGCGUGGAGCUUCGGGGGACUGUUCAAAACCAUAUCCACCAAAUCCGAAUCAGUCUUAGAGACAUACCGUCGCGAUCUCAAGGAAUUCGGAUCGGGUCUAAGGAAGGAGAUCGAGGUUGCCCAGGGUUCGCUCGAGAACGUGAGUCAUAAAAUUGACGAAAUUGGGACUACCGUUUGGAAAGGGACGACUCAGAUCAUCUCACAAGGUAAGGAUGCAAUUCUAUCUGCUGAUCACGAAUCUGAUUCUUCUGAUUACAACAGUAGUGAUAGGAACUUUAGUAGUAACAAAAAGUAUAGUCGUUUCGAUGCUCAAGUUCGUGCGAUUCAGGGAGAUGUAAGCACGUAUUGUGAUGAGCCUGAGGAUUUGGAUGAGUAUAACAAGUGGAAAUUAGGGUUUGAUUUGAAGGAGAAGAGUGAGGACAUGGAGAGCUUAUUUGAGGAGAAUGGGGCAAUGGAGGGUAUAUAUAAGAGGGUUGUUCCAAGUAGUGUGGAUCAUGAGACUUUCUGGUGUAGGUAUUACUAUAGGAUGUAUCGGCUUAAGCAAGUUGAUCAUUUGAGAGCUAUGAUGGUGAAGAGAGCGAAGGAAGAGGAGGAUUUGAGUUGGGAUGUUGAUGAUGAGGACUUUGAGGAGGAGAGCAGUGGGUUGUCUAAAGCUAUUUCAAAGGCAAAAGAGGAGGUAGGCAGUAAAGAUUCUGGUCAACUUGUUAAAGAGGAGGUAUUGCAGGAUGUGAGUUCUAUGGAUGUUAACGGGAUGCAACAGAAUGUUAAGCCAGAUAAAGAGACUAAUGUCGUACUCAAAGGCGAAACAUUGGAGAAUAGAGAGUUGGGUGUUAGAGAUUCUGAGGAAAUUGUGAAGGAGGUUUCUGUUAUGGAAUCCGACAAGAAAGGGGACGAGAUAUCAAAAGUGGAUGAGGAGGGUAAAGGAACUGGUGAUGGAUCUAACAAUGACAAAUUGGAUGAUGAGAAGGUGAAUUUGGAUAAGAAUAAUGAAGGUGCUGUGUCAAAAUCAGACGACAAAGUGGCUUUCGAAGGGAAGGGUGAUGCUGGAGAAUCUGGUAAAGACAGUGAUUUUUCGGUGACAUCCACUCAUGAGGAGGAAGACCUUGGUUGGGAUGAGAUUGAGGAUCUUAGCAGCAUCGAGGAAAAGGAUGAUAAGAAACCUAGUCAUGGUGGGAGCCCUAAUAGAGCUGAUCUUCGGAAACGAUUGAGCACGGCAGAAGACGAUGAAGACUUGAGUUGGGAUAUUGAAGAAGAUGAUGAGCCAGUUAAAGCUUAAAGCUACAUAAAAGCUCUUGUAUAACUUACCAAAUCCUGUUAUUUUUUCUUCCACAAUUCUUGCAUUAAGUGUUAUAUGGUGUUGUUUACUUGUUGCAUUUUAAGUGCAAGUAUCUUCUGUGAUUGUGUACAAGUUGGAAAUAAGAUCCUUUGUUCUUCAUUAAUUUGUAGAUUCAUCAAAAGAUAUGCAGGAGGCAUUUAUUUGUUGAGAAA